AUGAGCAUCAUGAUGAACACCAAGCCAGUCACCUACGUCAGUUUGAAAAAAGUUCUAUGCCAUACGGAACCAAAUUUGAGAUUCCAAAUAUCCACCCGUAUGCCAUCAAUCCGCCAAACAGAAAAACGGGUCCCACUGAAAAUCGAGACUCUGGCCCUCCAAGAAUUUAAGACUACUGUAAACGGCACAUCCUAUGAACUAGGAGUCUAUCGUGACUUCCACCCAGAUGCGGUUGUCGCUGACCAGAUAAAGAGAGAAAACGAAAACGGAGGAGUCAAACAUGAUUUAGACGAGUAUGGAUUCAAAGUUAACCCAUUCUCGACUCCAAUUUUCCCAGGAGACAUGGAUUUCCGUAAUGGGCAAUCUCCAAGUUUUGGGGAUGAUCUUCCAGAAGAUUUGUAUAGACACGAGUUGAAAAUGGCAGAGGAGGCGUUGAAGAAGUUGGAGGAGUUGGAAGCCAAAGGGAUUACUGUGGAGGAGUACCUACAGACGGCCCAAGAAGAGGUAGAAGGAGACGUCAGACAAUACAUCGCAGAUGGAAAAGAGUAUGUGCAGAGGACUAUUGAGCAUGCUCGAGCUACACUGUACCCUUACGACUGCCGGAAAAACGAUGAACGUCCUCCAUACACCCCGUACAUUCAAUUGACGGUUUCUAAAAAUUGGAAACAAGAGAUUCAGAGGACUUCAUACGAUAGGAAGCUAUAUGAAGCUGCCAAACAAGUCAACCACUGGUUUUUCGCAAAUCGGGGAAUAAUUCGAGUCAACCAGUUGAACGUACUGAGCCAUGGAGAAGUUUGUCGCUUGCCGAUCGGGCUCCAGAUUUGUGCUAGUAUUGUGACUGGAUAUGAAUGGAAUAUGCUUCCAAUUAGCUCAGUUUUGACGCCUUAUUGCCAGACAGUCAGAAUUCGAAGCAUUGCAUCAUUGAAUUGUGAUUCUCCGGUGGUCCGCAAUGCUAAAAUCCUGGAAAUCAGCACUGAGAAUCUUAUGUGGCCUACGACAAAUCUCCAUCAGCUGCCAAAUCCACAAAUCGAGUUAUCCUAUCCAUACACCGAUCAAAUCACUACAGCAAAUUACUUUGAUCGGAUCACCGAAUGGCUAUCGAUUGAUCGAUUCAUUGGAUCCAAACUUUCAAUAAUGCUUGAUACAGAAGAUGCUGGAGAAAAGGUUCUGGAAAUGGCGAGAAGCAGCAGCAGUGAGCGGGCUAAUUGUAGAAGCUUUAAAAGAUGUGUUAGAGUUCGUUGGCAAAACGGAAAGGAUAUUCGAAUCUGCUAUGUGAAGAACAAGAAGAGAUCGCAAUUUGAAUGGAUUCUGAAAACUAGGAUCAUCAAAGCCGAAGCUUGA